AUGGCGGCCUCCGUGAGGAGAGCUGCGCACGACAUCGAGACUCGAACCCGGAGCGAGGACGUGGUGCUCGGGGUGAACAUCAGCUUCAGCUCUCUGCUCCUGUCCGCGCCUGUGCUCCAGGGCCUGUCCUCCGCGGGCUUCCAGAGGCCCUCCCCCAUCCAGCUCAAGGCCAUCCCGCUGGGCCGCUGCGGGCUCGAUUUGAUUGUCCAGGCAAAGUCUGGUACUGGGAAAACAUGUGUUUUUUGCACCAUUGCCCUGGACUCCUUAAUAUUGGAGAAUCCAGCCACACAGGUUCUGGUCCUGGCGCCAACACGGGAGAUAGCUGUGCAGAUUCACUCAGUGGUGAUGGCGAUAGGCUGUGCCAUGGAGGGGCUUCAGUGCCACGUGUUUAUUGGAGGCAGGCCUGUGGCUCAAGACAAAGCACAUCUGAAAAAGUGCCACAUUGCAGUUGGCUCACCAGGUCGCAUCAAGCAGCUUAUUGAGUUGGGCAUGUUGUCUACAGCUAGCAUCAGAUUGUUUGUCCUGGAUGAGGCGGACAAACUGCUGGAGGAGGGAAGCUUCCAAGAGCAGAUAAACUGGAUCUUCUCCUCUCUGCCCGUGACCAAACAGAUGCUUGCUCUUUCUGCCACCUACCCAGAGUCUCUCGCUCAGCACCUCACACGCUACAUGAUCGAUCCCACUUUUGUCAGACUCAACCCUACCGACAUGGGUCUCAAAGGUUUAAAGCAGUAUUACAAGCUGGUGCAGAGUCACGCUUUGAAUCACAAGAUUUUUGAAGAGAAGGUGCAACACUUACUUGAGCUUUUCAGUAAGAUUCCCUUCAACCAAGCGCUGGUGUUCUCCAACCUCCACACAAGGGCUCAACAUUUGGCAGAUAUCCUGUCCUCUAAAGGCUUGCCUUCAGUCUGCAUUUCAGGAGGACUUAGCCAGGACCAGAGAUUGGAAGCAAUGUCUAAACUGAAGCAGUAUCAGUGCAGAGUGCUCAUCUCCACUGAUUUGACUGCCAGAGGUAUAGAUGCCGAUAAAGUGAACUUAGUCAUAAACUUGGAUGUCCCGCAGGACUGGGAAACCUAUAUGCAUCGUAUUGGACGGGCUGGACGCUUCGGCACUCAGGGUCUGGCUGUUACCUAUUGUUGCCAUGGAGAGGAGGAGAAUAAGAUGAUGGCGAUUGCUCAAAAGUGCUGCUUGAGUUUGUCUGUGUUGCCCUCCUCCCUGGAGCCCAGUUUAAUGGAAGAAGCCUGUGACUGGGAUGUUUGCACCGAGGCUUCCAAUGCAGACGUUCCGGUUUUCCCAAAGACAGAGAAAAAACCCAAAACCCGCAAUAAUCUUCAGCAGAAAGAGACCUCGACCAAAAGAAGGGUCACUGAGGAAAGGCCCAAGCACAAACUCUGUGAUGUGGAUGGCGACUCCGGCUUUUCCUCCCAAACGCAGACUGUAGUGAGUCAAAAACCACCUGAAAUACGUCAUUUAGACAAUCAAAAACGGACUCGCAAAGAACAAGAAGAAGCUCUGCCCAAGAUCCCUCCUCUGAGCUCCUUUAAGACCUGUAAUUCUAAUGACCUGCUGAAGUGCUCUGUGGACACCCCUCUACUGCUCUUCUCUUUCCUGCACUAUGACAACGGCGCGGUCCCCCCUGUGUCCGUCUGCACGCUCCAACAGUUCACCUACGCGCUGUGCAGCUGCGUCCAGCUGCUGACGCUGCUCAGCAUCAGCGUGGAGCGCUUCCAGGCCAUCGCCUUCCCCUUCCAGACGGACAAGAGGAGGAUGCGUGUCCGUCUGUGGAUCAUGUCUAUCUGGGCUUGGGGCGUGUUCCUGGCUCUGGUCUCGCUAAUGUUGUCUAAAAACGCACUUUUCUACAUGCUCUGUCGGCCACAUAUGAUGUGGGCCAACAAGGAGCACGUCCAGUACUCAGAUCCGUUUGGACCCUUUGUCCUGGUACCUGUGUGGGCCAUGUCUUUAGUCGUCAUUAUCGUUCAUUAUAUUCGCAUUUUUCAAGUUGUCAGGCGACACAGGAAGAAAGUGUUCAACUGCGGCGUCCAGCUGCGACCGGCCGUGUCCGUGCGUGUGUGGGGCAUGCUCAGCGCGCCUCUGCACAGCGGCCCCAACAGGUCUCUGCCCGCGGUGUCCGCCUGCAGCCCGCCCCUGGCUCACAGCGGGCCCCCUGGGGGUCUCAAGGCUCCGGAGAUAGUGGGUGCGGUCUGUCUGCUCACGCCGGGCGCACGGGAGCAGGGCAAGAAGCACAUGGAGGGGAGACUGGCUCAGCGCUUUGGAUACAUCAUCAUCGCCUUCACGCUCUUCUGGGUCCCGAUCGUAGUCGUUCUGCUGAUGCACGUCUUCUCUUGGCAGGACACAAGCACAACCCUGCUGGAGCUGGAGACCUCUGCCGUGGUCCUGACUUGUAUCCAAGCUGCUGUGGACCCCCUCAUCUACACACUGGUCACACGGCAAUUUCGCUCCGAACUCAGCAAGAUCCUCUCCUCCCUACCCGCCUGCCACACCAAGGUGUAG